AUGACGAAGAAAUCCAAGGGACGGUUCCCCCACGCGGCGAACGCCAAGCUAUUUGGGCAUGGUUCAGGCUGGUUCGUCUCUGUUCCAUCGGACCAGGCCGGACCAGACCCUGUCUUCCAGAAGGCAGAGAAGGCAGAGAAGGCAGAGGACGCAGUGCAGUGUGUGCAAGUCCGGGCCGAGCGCCGUUCGCACGCCUCGGAUUUGCGAGCUGCUCCCAAGUCUUUGGCUGGUGCUUAG